AAAUAAAUAUUAUGAAAAUGAAUAAAUUUUUUGUCUUGAACUGCUGGGACUCCAAUCCCAGUAGCGGUAAAGAAGUCCGCAAAAGAAAAGAAAAAAAAGCCUGGAGGUCGUUAUUAAUAGACUCGAUCUCACUUGUGCUUGUUUGUUUGGAUACAGGAUGAAGUGGUUCCAUGCAAAUAAGGUAGCGCUUAGCAUAAUAAAGGAAGACACAAUCAGAUCGUUUGUUCAAUAAACGAAUUCAAUCCAUCAACAGAUCGGAUUUCAAUAGUUGGGAGAAACAUUGCCGAGAUAAACAGAAAUGUCUUCGAGUGUAUUUGAUAGCCAAUCAGAACAACUUAACGCCAAUUAGACAUGGAAACGGUCCAAAAACGCUUGUUGAAGCAGCGAUUGGUGAUAUUGUUGCUCUUGUGCAUAACAUUUUACGUAUUUUUGACUUUCGUGGGAUCAGACGACCACUCUGUGUUGUAUCUGAAGUAUGGCCAUAGUGGAAGGCGACGAGGUCAAGAAAUGGAUUUGUCCAUUCACUUAAAAGAUACGAAUGAUCCAUUGUCUCCACCCAAACCAAUGGCUCGCUUUCAGUUACACAAAGAAUUUAUGGAACUGAAAGCCUCUAAUUGCGAUUUAUCUAAGCACAUAAAGGACUCCACUAAGGCAAUGGUGGAUCUCAAAAAUUUCCAAAAUGAAGUGUCAAUCGUCAAUCGAACCUGUGAUUGCUACACUUACUUUGAGCAAUUCCCAGUGAAGGCACUUCAAGAUGUUGAUUACGAUCCAGACUUUCCCAUGGCCUUUAGCAUUAUCGUUCACAAGGAAAUUGCCAUUUUUGAGUUAUUCUUAUCUCUGAUUUAUAGACCCCACAAUUUUUAUUGUAUUUAUGUGGACAAGAAGGUUCCCAAGGAAGUAUUUGAUGCUGUUCAGUCCUUAAUAGCAUGUUAUCAAAACAUGUUUGGAAAGACGAGCAUUUUUAUUUUGGAGAAUCGGAACCCCAUUUUCUGGGGCCACUACUCGAUAUUAGAAGCUGAUUUGAGUUGUCUUGAGCGUUUGGACCAGAUGGAUAAUGAUUGGAAAUAUUUCAUGAACACUGCCGGCACUGAACUCCCAAAUGUCGCUUAUGGCACCAUUGAAGCCACAGCCAAACAAGCCAAUGGACAGAAUGUAAUGGAUAGACAUCCGAUCGAGAAGAAAUUCCUUCCUCGUGUGGACCGGUAUCACAUUUUUCGUAGGUUUGGGCCUAAUAAAUACGAUUUAGCUUGGCAUGCUACACGAUAUGCUUUGCCUAAACCUCCUUUUGGCAUCAAGAUCUUCAAAGGCCUGAAAAAUGUGCUCAUUUCGAGGCGCUUUGCUACUUUUGCCCUCUAUCAUCCCAUCGCUCAAGACUUUCGGGAUUGGAUUGAGGAUGUUGGCAUUCCGGACGAGAUAUUUUUCCACAGCUUGGAAUCAAUGGGCCAAAUUGAACAAGACAAUAUAACCACAUUUCUAGAUUGGAACAUGGCCUCCCUAAAAUAUGGAAUGACGCGAUACACUGAGUGGGAGAACAGCAAAACGGUUUGCUACGGGAAGAUCAUUCGAUGGCUGUGUAAUUUCGGGGUCGCUGAUCUGCCACGCGUGUGGAAAGCCAAGGCUCUCAUGAUCAACAAGUUCAAUUUGAAUGUAGAUCCCUUGGCUCCGUUGUGUCAAUGGAGGCAUGUAUGGGACUUGAAUGCAGAUCUCUAACAGUUUGUUCCCCCUCAAAAGAUACUUCAAAAUUUCGUUUAAUGUUUGAAACUAUAAAGAACCUUUGUCAGCCACUAUAAAUAACAGGUUCGGUGGCUAAGAAUGAAUAUCAUUAUGUAGAUAAGAUGAGGUGCACACUUUUGUCUUCUCUUAAGUUUCUAGUUCUCGAUAUUUGCAUUGUAUUACUCUAUUUGAGGCUGGUGAUCACCCGAAAAGAUCUUCGUUAUCAAUCUAACAUUCAGUGGCUGUCUAGAUGGCACCUAUUUGUAAUUUUCGAUCCAUCAUAUGAUUUGAUAUUGCUAGUCGUUCCUACCCAAUAAGUUUUUUAUACUUCUGAGAAGCACCUUCCCGGAAGCGAUUAAGAAAAAGACCUCAAGAACGAAAAAUAAAGAAUCCAAAAUAGCUAUCAAUCUCUUCCUCAGAAAAUGUUGCAUUCAUUCUCAAUGUUUUGAAAUGGAAAUUUAUUUGUUUUGACAGAGACCUUGAGGCGAUAAUAUUUUACUGUCCGAGUCUUCACUGGUCACGUGUGGUCAUGCCGCUUCCUUGAUUGACUGCCUUCCUUACCCUGGAAGAAACUGAUUGGAU